UGUCCUAGUUGACUUUCCUAACAAUAGUUGAUUAUACAGGCAACAUGGCGUAUAUAUUCCUUCUUUUAAGCCUUAUACUGACAGCUUCAACAUUCGCGAAUGAAAUUUCUGGAGACAUAAUUAAGGAAUUAAUCAACAGGCUCGAUGCGAAUGAUCGUGCACACAAACAUGAUAUUUCGUCACUCAGUAGGAGAAUAAACGAAAUGGAAAAGGAUUUUCUAAAAAGAGAAACGUAUUUGUUGCAGGAAAUAAAUCAACUGAAACACAAAUUGGGAGACGACGGCAUUACACUUGAAAAAGACCAAGAAAAUGAGAAUGUACAUCCCGAUUUCAUAUUGCAUAAUGAAAAGGAGGUACUUAAAGAAAGAAGGUCUUCGAUAGUGCGGGAAGCAGUCGAGAAAGAAGUAGCCUUCUACGCAACACACACACAGCAUGAUAUCCGAAAGUUGGGUCAAGGACAAAUAAUUGCAUUCGAUCAAACCGUGACAAACAUUGGUAAUGCAUACAACACACACCACGGUGCUUUUGUCGCUCCAGUUGACGGCACUUACGUUUUCCAUGUGACGUUAAUGGGUACACUUCACAACGCCUCUAACCACUAUUACACUGCAGACAUUGACGUCGACGACGUUGGUUAUUCGAAGUUCUAUAUACAUUUGUAG